UCCAUUUGUAAGCAAUAAACGUGGCCGUAUGGCCGUAGGGCCAAGCUCCACCCCUGAAGGCAGAAACCGAGCCGCUCAAAUAAAAAAAACAAAAAAAAUUCCACCGCCUCCACCCCUUCACAUGGGGUUGCACAACUUCCAGACACGUCUACUGUCUACAUCCUCCAACAACAUGGGGCACCGUGCACCCUAGCUUCUGCCAAAUCGUUGCCUCUUUUAACUUCAGCAGUCGUCUCAUCUGUUUAAGCUCAAAAUCCUUUCCGAUUCUCCUAGCUCUCUCUCUCUCUCUCUCUCUCUCUCUCUCCGGUUAUAUCUGAAAGUACAUGCCAAGAACAGACUUCUUUCUUUCUCUUUUUUGUUUUCUUUUAAUCCAAAAGAAGCUCAGUUCCUGAAUGGGUCUGACCUGUAUUUUUCAAAGUUUCUAGUAUAGUUCUUUGUCAUCAUCAUGGGAUGCUAUAGGAGAACAAAAUUCGCACUCGAUGGCUUUCGGAAUUUCGCUUCCAGGAUUAUUCCCAAAGAUCCAAUUCAAGAACCCAGGUCCAGAAUUUCCCAUACUGGACUGAAUUCGAUUUUUGCUUCCAAUAAGUCUAAGUCUUCCGGGUUUCCUCCCUACUUUCCGAUUUCUCAACCAAGCAGAAUUCAAUUCAACAAGUUCAAUGAGUCCAAUCCCUUUGUUGGUGGUGCCAAGAGACAUUACUAUGUCGAUCGGAACAAGGUUCAGCAUUUCAAGCCGCGGGGGCCUCGGCGGUGGUUUCAGAACCCGAGAAACGUGCUGGUUGUGGUUCUGGUGGGUUCUGGGGUUUUGAUCACUGUGUAUUACGGGAAUUUAGAGACUGUCCCAUAUACCAAGCGAACUCAUUUCGUGCUUUUGUCGAAAAGCAUGGAGAGGAGGCUCGGAGAGACGCAAUUCGAGCAGAUGAAAGCGGCUUUUAAGGGCAAAAUAUUGCCGGCGAUACACCCGGAAAGUGUGAGGGUGAGACUGAUUGCCAAGGACAUCAUUGAGGCGUUGCAGAGAGGGUUGAGGAAUGAGCAGGUGUGGAGUGAUCUAGGGUAUGCGUUGGAGAGCGUAGGCGGCGUGCAUGAAGCAAAGACCCACGAGACCUUGAUGGCAUUGAAAGAGAGGGAGGAAGGGAAGUGGUUUAAGGAGGAUGAAAUCCUUGAUGAUAAGUGGGUUCAGCAGAGUAGAAAGAAGGGUCAGGAGAGAGGGUCUCAACCAGAAACAUCGCAUUUGGACGGAUUGAAUUGGGAGGUUUUGGUGGUUAAUGAGCCUGCUGUUAAUGCUUUCUGCUUGCCGGGUGGGAAAAUUGUCGUCUUUACGGGUUUGCUUGAGCAUUUUAGAACGGAUUCUGAGAUAGCAACUAUAAUUGGGCAUGAGGUUGGGCAUGCUGUGGCUCGACAUGCGGCUGAGGGGAUUACGAAGAACCUGUGGUUUGCAAUUCUACAGCUGAUACUUUAUCAGUUUAUAAUGCCUGACAUUGUCAACACUAUGUCUGUUCUGUUCCUGAGGCUUCCUUUCUCUCGGCGGAUGGAAAUGGAAGCAGAUUACAUAGGCCUGCUGUUGAUGGCUUCUGCUGGAUACGAUCCUCGUGUGGCCCCCAAAGUGUAUGAAAAGUUGGGAAAAUUGACAGGCGAGUCGGCGCUGAGGGAUUAUCUUUCCACUCAUCCAUCUGGAAAAAAGAGAGCUCAGUUGCUGUCUCAAGCUCAGGUCAUGGAAGAAGCUCUUACUAUAUAUAGGGAAGUAAGAUCGGGUCGUGGGAUUGAAGGUUUUCUGUAGGACAACAACAACAAAAAAUGUGAGAGUUUUUGGAUGGAUAAGAAUUCAUCACAAACCAAAUAAAAGAAUAGAAGGAGAGGAGACAACCACCGAGUCCCAACUAUGGCAAACAAACAACAAGAGUUCAAGAGCACAUCCGAACCUAAAUAGAAUGGCCAACACCUAAGACAGCUAAAGCAACAAGGAUUUCAUUACUACAGAGGAUAUCCAAUGUGGAGGUCUGGAUUUUACAACUACGUUAUACAUCAUUCUCUUAACCAUCUCUUUUUGCAAAUCUAAUGGAUUUACUAUUAAAU